CCGGCUCAGAAAUGUGACGUAAAGGGCGCAAAUAUACAAGGGAGGUCUUUGUAGUAAGUUGAGACGCUCGAGCUGCAGCGUUUUCCUCACGAGAGAAGAUGCACAACUGGCAGGAGAACGAAAUCAAAGAACUUCUGAACAUCCGGGGCACGGAGGCGAUCCGCAACCAGAUCACAGGCACCGUGAAGGACUCGGUAGUUUACAGCCGGAUCACCAAGCAGCUGGCGGAGAGGGGGGUGUUCAGGUCCCACAUGCAGGUGAUCAGCAAGCUGAAGGCGCUGAGGAAGCAGUACCUCAAGUACCACCAGCAGAAGAUCCGCUGCGGGAGCGACCGCGUCGACUGGCCGUUUUACGACCAGUGCCACCGGGUCUUCGGUUGCCCCCCCGUGGCGGUGAAGCGUCAGAGGAGUCCCACACCCCCGCUGGCGCCCUCACCGCCGCCGCCGCCGACUCCUCCGCCUCCGACUCCUCCGCCACCGCCAUCUGCCCUCAGCGACGAGCAUCAUGAGGUCGUGGUCGGCCUCUGGGACGAGGUCGAUAAGCAUCUGGGUCCCGUGGAGCCGGAGGACGACGAUGACCAGUACAGUCCACCAGAGCAGCUGCACACCAUCAACACCACAUACAAGGUGCCAACGAAGAAAAGGAAAACAACGGUCAUGGACCAAGUCUCUGCUUUAGUGUCGGCAACAGUCGCCCAGCUCAGAGAGAUGGACGCCGCCAUGCAGGCGCAGGAAGAUGCCCGGCUUCAGAGGUUAAUGGACCACGAGAGGGAAAUGCAGAACAAUCUAAUGAAUCAGCUCGCAGUCAUGCAUGAACGGGUCAGUCAAGAAAACCAUGAGAGACACAUGGAACUCGUUGACAGGAUACUCUCUAGGUUCCCUUCAUCUUCAGCCUCAUCAGGCCGCUGACUGACUUCCUGUGUGAGUGGAGAUGGUGAUCGACAGGGUUUUUCUUUUUUUGAGGUGUAGGGAACAUGUCUGACUCUCCCCUCCACCAGCUGACUAGUGCCUGAGACCCCUUUACUUUUUUAUUUUCACUGUAUUUAAAAAGAUCAUUUUGCAUUUAACCUCAACCCCAAUGGCCUGCAGCUGAUACAGAUUCAGGUUAAAAACCAGACCAGGCUCACACCACUGAUUCACUGCUAGUGUUUUUAUCUGUAUUAUCUUAAAUUAUUAUUUCAUUGUAAACUGGCCGUGGUGUGAAACACACAAAUAUACAGGAACAAUAACCAAACACUAACUUGACAGGGACAGAGACUCUGCACCACUGUAGCACCAUCAGAAAUCAUUUGUUAAAUGCAUAUUGUUAUGCACUAUUCCCCAAAAAUCGUAUAUAUAAUCAGUCAGUUGUGAAUUGAUGACUUUAUACUAAAUGGAUAAUUGUGUUGCAGUGUUUUGGCAACUGGUUUCGAUAUUGACGAACAUGUAUAUUUUUAAUCAUUUGUAUUAGUUUUAGUUUAGAUAACAUCAUUUGCACACAGCUUUGCAAUGUUUUUUAUUAAUAGCAGUGCAACAGGUCAAGUUAAAUCAUGUGAGCAAGAGAUGGUGUGUGUGUUCUCACAGACGCCUACAGACUGUUGAACAAGACUUUGCAUUAAUGUUCCAUUCACAACAUUUAUUCUUUAGCGUAUAUCAACUGCUGGUUCAUGUAGAGUAAACUGGGUUGAACAGAAAAUGUCAGCUGCGGUGGGAGGAUGAUGAAUCUAAAUUUGGAGACUUUCAACACCUGCAGUGUGAACACAGCUUUCCGUUGCAGGAAAGGAGACAAACGUGUCAAAAAAAACAACAUAUAAAGUAGAAUGUGACGUGUGGAUGGACGUGCUGUGCCCCUCCCACCACCUCAGCUGAGCAUGUUGGUGUGUGAACAGUGAACCAAAGGCUGAAGCAAAACAAAUCUGUGGCCACUGUGGCCUUUUGUAGUAGGAAAUGCUUUAGUAAGCGUUUGCUUUCAUUUGGGAUCAUUCAUAUGCAGAAAGAGCUGCAUGAAUUCAGUAGAGAUGGCAGUCGCUGCACUACACAGGAGGUAAUGCUGUAGAAAUUUGGCAUUUAAAGAAGGCACUGCUGUGUCAAACAUUGAUGUAAAUAUCGUGUUUCAGCCGUCACGGUGCUGCAGUGCCCCCUGGAGGGAGAGGAAGCCGGAGUAAGCUCCAGACACAACUCAAACACUGGUGGGGGAAAUGUUGCUCCUCAGUGGUCUAUUUGUAGCACAGGUCAAAGACACAUGGUGAUGCAAAGAAAAUACUCAGUAACUGGUAAAGGUAGAAAAUUACAAGAUUUAUUAUUUAAAUAUACCGUGCGGUUACAUUGAGUAAAAAUGUUGUGGUAGACUUCACAGUCUAAGAAUAUAAAGUUAUUUGCGACUCGAUGUCUGAAGUGUCAUUCUUGGCUGACACGAAAUUCCCGGUUGCGUUUACUGUGUUCAGCAAUCCGGGAGAAAACGUGUCAUUUAGGAAAAAACACCUGUAGUCAAACCAAAAUUCAGUCGUCAAACCAAAAUUCAGUCUUUACACACAAAUAUGCCCUUUUACAGAAAAGCAACACAGCAAUAAAGUGCUUUAAUGUUAGUUUCACUUUCUUUACUGAUUUAAUAGAAACAAAAGUGAAAUCCUACAGUGGUGAGCUCUUAGGGAUAGUUCACUGAAAAAAGAAAAUUAGGCUUAAACCGUGGUGUAAAUGACCUAGUUUUGAGUCGAAUUUGAAUGUGGAGGCUUGAGGACACUUGGAAGACAGUCUAGGUCACCAUCGACUUCAGUUGUAUUGGAUUCUGCUCUAACAAAGUUUACUUCUGAAACUUUGUUUGAAAAAGUUCUGUGGACUCAAACACUUCACCCACCCCUCCAUCGGCAUAGUGGUGAGUAGAUAAUGGGAGAAUAAAAAAUUUUCAGUGAACUAUCCCUUUAACGUUGGCUCUUGUGAAUCAAGUCGUUACGUAUAAGCUAAUCAGGCCUUGGUGUGUCCGUGUGGUUCAGUCAGCUGGGAUGUGUAUACAUAUUAUACUUUUAUACUGUCCUAUAUUAUAACUUGUGUUUUACUGUUUAAAUAUAUCAUUGUUUUUUUCUUUUAAGGAACAAUAAAGUUUUCAGCUGAAA